AUGAUGCUGUUUCCAAACACGGGCUUCCAACGUAAGGAAGGCGAUUGGCGUUUGAAUCUGCAUGGCUGGCGUUUCAAAUCAUCCCGACGAAACACAUUGUUAGGUAAAUCCUCAUCCUCAAUUGCUGAACGUAUCGCCCGUUUGUUGGCCAGUUCAGAGCAGAUCGUCUAUUUCAACGAUACAUUUCAGCGUGAUCGACUGAAACCUUUUAUGGUGGAAGACAAAAGUAAAGAAGAAAUUUUCAUUCUCAUUGGAAAAAAACAUAAUUAUACGACGCAGACGGAUACCGAAGGUCAAUUUCGUACGUCGUUUAUCAUCCCGAACGAAGACGUGCAAGAAAUCAAACAAACUUUAAAGAAUGAUCAGGUUAUUACGUAUCAAGCCGUGGGAGAUAAUGGAGAUCAGUGGGAAGGAAAGGUUCAUUUAUUGGAACGACGAGGAUUAUCGAUUAUAUCGGAUAUUGAUGAUACAAUCAAAAUCAGUGAAGUCGUGGAUAAGAUUCGGCUAGUAGCUAAUACAUUUAUUCAUGGUUUUCGUGUUGUGUCAGGAAUGCCGGAAGUAUAUCGAGGAUGGAAAGAGAGAUAUAAUUGUUCGUUUCAUUACCUCAGUGCUAUGCCUGAUCAAUUAUAUGCUGUAACGAAGGAUUUUAUUGAUGAUCAUCAGUUUCCCGAUGGGACAUUUCAUAUGCGACAUUUCCGCUGGUCAUCUGCGUCGAUUUAUAAUUUUGUUCACUCAGUUGAUACAAAAAUGCAUAAGAUCAAUCAUCUCCGAUAUUUUAUAUUCAAUUCUCUACGUUCGUUAGUUUUAAUCGGUGAUUCGGGCGAACGUGAUCCAGAAAUAUACGGCUUUGUGGCGAGAAAGUACCCGAAACGGGUGCAUCAAAUAUUCAUUCGAGCGGUCAAGGGUGAAAAAGGUGACGAAGAACGAUUCUUGAAAGCAUUCGAAGGUGUGCCGAGAGAAAAAUGGAUGGUCUUCACCGAUCCAAUCAAUGAACUACCGAAAGAUCUGAACAUAACCCUUUCACCCUCGUGA